ACUACAAACCACAGCCAACCAAAUAGUCUGUCCUUAGCCUUAGGGUUUGCUCUUAAAGCUAUUCUUUGAGCCGUUUAUUUGUUCUCUGUCGAUAAAAAAAAAUAUUUCAAUUUUUUGGCCUAAGAAGAAGAGGCAAAAAGGCAAUCUGGCGAAAAGGAGGCAAUCGUCUCUUAUGCACGUUAGUGAUUUAUUUUCCAUAGUUCCCGAAGAUUUUCUUUCACUCUGGCCUCUGUAGCAAAUUCGAACCCUUCUCGCACCUCUAGGUGGGUGUGGGGUGUUGAUGAAGUGCUAAUUUUACUUUGUGUUUUGAGGAGAUCAAGAUCAUCACACAUCUGGAGACUGUGCCGUGUUUCAGAGGGUUUGUCACUUGACUACGGCUAAGGUCACUGUGGAGUGAGUACCAAGAACCUCGUUAGUGUCAUGUGAUUGUAAAUUAGAGAAAUCAGAUCUUUGUUUCAGGUUUCUGGGCAUAAUUGAGCAGGAUAGUUAGUUGUUGAUAGUUUUCGAUGUAACAACAAGAGUGGAUCUCAUGUGAAUGAGGCUUUAGUUAUUUCAAUUAAAAUGGUUAGGUUUUCGUGCUUCAACACCCACACCCAUUCUGACAAACCAAAGAAAACCGUUCAACUGUCUGUUGAAGUGCAGAAGACAUUGGCAGAUCGUUCUCAGAAUCAGGCCCUGAAGGAUUUUAGAGAUUCUUCAGGUUUAAACUCAUUACAUUUGAAAGUUGAAAAAGACGCUAUUCCCAAUAAUAGUUCUAAUCAUGUCAUGGCUUCCUCUUCCACCGAGCGUGGCUGGAAAUCAGAGGAAUUCAACAGCAGCUAUGAUAUUGAGAGUGACAGAGGGAUCUAUCAUUCUGGGCGUAUUAAGAAGAGCCUGUCUUUAGGGUGCGGACUGGAUAGGGAGGGGAGGGCUUCUGUUGGAAAUGACUCGGAGGAUGAGACAGAUACAGGAUAUUCACGUGACAGGCCCCAUAAUCAAGAUAGGAUGGUGGUUCCAGUUGGUCGCAAAGAUCCAGAAAUCAGCUUGGCCAAUCUGUAUCAAGAAGCUCCGCACUAUGAUUCUCUUCAGGCAAGUACUGAUUUGGUGAAUACUGAGUCCAUCUUCUCAAUUGGAGAUACAUUGCAAUCGGAAAAAGAAGGCCAUGAAAACUCUAAUACUCAUUUUUCUGGUGAGUGUGCUGAUGAAUCUAGUGACCAUACACCUCGUACCCCGCCUAUUAUUGUGAAGUCAAAUUCUAUGCCCAACAUAGGCUCCUCUGGUGAGCUUUCAGCUCUUAAAUACUUGGAACCUCAUUCUAAAUCUUGUGAGGACCUUACUGUUCUUGAGUUGAGGUGGAAGGAGAUGGUAAUUCAUGAGGUAGGCACAGGGGUGAUACAUGACCAAGAAAGAAAUGAUACUGCAUUAAAUAAUGGUAAAAGCAAUUGUGAAAACAAUGCUGGGGAUGGUUUUGAUCCAUGUAACUAUGUUGGUUCAUCAAAAGACUGGAUAAUACCUGUUAUGGAUGAGGCAAAUGCAGAGAAGCACCUUCACGGAGAGUCUUCAGCUCGCCGGAGGGAGGGAUUUCCGAGCAAUGAUUUCAAGAUCAAACGUAUCGAGGAUUGGGUCAUUGAUCUACAACAUUGUGGCCCAUUGGAAGAGUCAAAUGAUGGAUUAUCAAAUGUAGAUGAUCAUCAGGUACAGAGAGCUGCAAGAUUUGAUGCUAAGGUCACCCCUGGUAUGGAAGCUGCAAAGAAAUAUAUCUCAUCUUUGACGGCCACAUCCACCACAGCUCAGCUGGCAAAUCAUGGUUUGGCUGUGAUCCCAUUUCUCAGCGCUUUCGUAAGCCUAAAGGCACUAAACUUAUCUGGAAACAACAUAGUGAGGAUAGCUGCUGGUGCUCUCCCUCGAGGACUCCAUAGUUUGAAUCUAUCAAAAAACAGCAUCUCCACUAUUGAGGGUUUGCGUGAACUUACACGGCUUCGUGUACUUGACCUGAGCUACAACCGAAUAGUGAGAAUUGGACAUGGUCUAGCUUCUUGUUCCUCUCUGAAGGAGUUAUACUUGGCUGGAAACAAAAUCAGCGAGGUCGAAGGUCUUCACCGUCUCCUAAAACUAAAUGUCCUCGAUCUGCGUUUCAACAAAAUCUCCACAGCCAAAUGUCUCGGCCAACUUGCUGCUAACUACAAUUCCUUACAAGCGAUCAGCCUAGAAGGAAACCCCGCCCAGAAGAACGUCGGAGACGAACAACUCAAGAAAUAUCUGCAAGGGCUUCUGCCUCAUCUGGCUUACUUCAACAGGCAGUCCAUAAAAGCUGGCACUUUGAAGGAUGCGGCAGACCGUCCGGCUCGAUUGGGUAUUACUGCCGAUCGUGGCCUUAGAUUGGAACAUAAGAGUUCGCGGAAGGGAAACCAUGGUACCUCAGUUCACAAGACGUCGUUUUCUUCAUCAAUUCAUGGUCAGAAAGGUCAAGCCACAGUGUCACCAAAACCAUCCAGGGUUGGCAGGCCUGGGCGCCUGCCUCCGACUGGAACUAAAACAGGAACCGCUCAUCGGAAUAAUUUUUAUGAUUUCGGAAGCAAGCUUCUGAAUUUCAGACAUGAUCUUGCGAUGCGGAGAAGUCGAAGUGAGGGAACUCUUGCAGCAGCUCUUUGAGCUUGUUUUCAUUUCAUGGUUCAGACAUGGGACUUAUGUGACUUUGGUGUUCUGGGUUAUCUUUGCUUUUUCUGCUUGCAGCUCUUGGUUUGUUUGUUUGUUUGUUUUCUUCCCCAAAGUAUAAUGGUUUCGUACCAGGUCAGAAAAUAAAAUUUGAGCACACUACUAGCAAUGGAUUUGCAAAUGUUGCACACUUCUGUAUUUCUUAUUUUCUUUGUGUGGCCUUGUUUCUUCUUGUUUUUUGGGAAUUGUGGAGUUGUUUAGGGCAAAUACCCUUCUUUUUUUCUUUUCUUUUUUUUCAUAUUUAUAAUUAUUCGUACCCUUUCACAAGUCAUACUUGCAGGGAUUAAAUCA